AUGUUGUACCUAGAGGAUUACCUGGAGAUGAUCGAGCAGCUUCCCAUGGAUCUUCGCGACAGGUUUACGGAAAUGAGAGAGAUGGACCUGCAGGUCCAAAACGCCACAGACCAGCUGGAGCAGAAGGUCACAGACUUCUUUGUCAACGCCAAGAAGAACAAACCCGAGUGGAGGGAGGAGCAGAUGGAGGUCAUCAAGAAGGAUUACUACAAAGCCCUGGAAGACGCGGACGAGAAAGUGCAAUUGGCCAAUCAGAUUUACGAUCUGGUGGACCGGCACCUGCGCAAACUGGACCAGGAGCUGGCCAAGUUCAAAAUGGAGCUGGAGGCCGACAACGCCGGCAUCACCGAGAUCCUGGAGAGACGCUCUCUGGAGAUGGACGGCCCGUCUCAGCCCGUCAACAACCAUCACGUCCACUCGCACGCCGCAGAGAAGAGGAAGUACAGCGCGUCCGCCCACCACACGACCGAACACGUCCCCGAGAAGAAGUUCAAGUCCGAGGCCUUACUGUCCACGCUGACGUCGGACGCCUGCAAGGAGAACGCGCAAGGUACGCCUUGCCGUACCAACAGCAACGCGUUGUCGUCCGCCAACAACGCGUACGCCGUCCACUCUUCGCAAGCUUUGACCUCGUACGGCCUGAGCCCUCUGCCGGCCGGGCCCGCGGCCGGAGCCGGCGCCAUCAGCAUGGCCGCCGCCCAGGCCGUGCAGGCCACCGCGCAGAUGAAGGAAGGUCGGCGGACGUCCAGCCUGAAGGCCAGUUACGAGGCCAUCAAGAACAACGACUUCCCGCUGAGCCGAGACUUUGCUCUUUCCCGCGAAGCUUCGCCGUACCCGUCUUCCGCGCUGGCGUCCACGCUGACGCAGACGCCGGCGCCGGCCGCCGCCAACUCCGUUAACUCGGACUCCCGGGGCCGCAAGUCCAAGAGCGGCGUCAAGUCUUCCAAUCACCAGUCCUCUUCGUCCUCGUCCUCCUCGUCGCUGUCGUCGUGCUCCUCGUCUUCCGCUUUGGCUCAGGAACUGUCGCAGCAGGCGUCGGCGCUGCCCGAGGCGGAGGCCGGCGGCCAGGUGGACUGGACCUACGACCCCAACGAGCCGCGCUACUGCAUCUGCAACCAGGUGUCGUACGGGGAGAUGGUGGGUUGCGACAACACGGACUGCCCCAUCGAGUGGUUCCACUACGGCUGCGUGGGCCUGAGCGAAGCCCCCAAAGGCAAAUGGUACUGCCCCCAGUGCACGGCCGCCAUGAAACGACGCGGGAGCAGACACAAGUAG